AUGUCUCUCUCCUCUUCACAACAACGACAAUCACCACCACCAUCCCUCACAAAUAUAAACCCCAAUUCCGAAAAUGAAGCAGCAGGCCAAAUCCCCUUUCCCGCAAACACCAUCAUCCACUCUCCCCCAAUAAACCUCUCCCACCCCAUCCCAACGAGCAACCUGCCCUCCAAAACAAUCCUCAUCACCGGCGGCGCAUCCGGGUUCGGCGCCACAUGUUGCCGCUCCUGGGCAUCCCACCACGCGAUCGUGAUCAUCGGCGACAUCAACGCCCGCGCAGGCGAAGAGCUAGUUGCCGAGGUUCGCCAGUCCACCGGCAACCAGAAUCUCCAUUUCAUCCAGCUCGACGUGACCAGCUGGACGAGCCAAGUCGAGUUCUUCGACCAGGCCGCCAGGUUGAGUCCGCAUGGGGGAAUUGACUGUGUGAUAGCGAAUGCUGGGAUUGCGGAUGCCGAGGAGAACAGGAAGUUCGAGGAGCCUGAACCGAAUCAAAUCAAACCUGGGCCGACUAGCAUCACUGCCUCCAUUACUACUGGUGGUCGUGCGGGUGCUAGUCCUGAUGGUAGUCCUGGUGCUAGUCCUCCCACCCUCAAAACAAUCGACGUCAACCUCUACGGUGUUCUCUAUACGACUCAUCUGGCAUUACACUAUCUCCCGCGCAAUCCGGGCAGUCGGCCAUGCGACCCGGACACGCACACGGGACCGCGAGAUCGUCAUCUGCUGCUGGUCUCGUCGAUCGCGGGUCUGGCGGGGUUGCCGUCGCAGCCGUUGUAUGCGGCGGCCAAACAUGCUGUUGUUGGGUUGUUUCGGACGUUGAGGAUGACGGCGCCGAUGAAGUGUGGCGUGAGAGUCAAUAUGAUCAAUCCUUACUUCGUCGACACACCCAUCCUGGGCCCGCUCGGCGCCCUCCUCCUCGCUGGAGGCGGUAUGGCCACGCUCGAGUCUGUGCUCCAGGCCACGACGCGCCUCGUUGCCGACCAAGGCAUCAUUGGCCGCGCGCUGGUCAUCGGUCCCAAGACAUCAGCCGAACAUGCGCGUGCCGUGGGGCUGGAACCUGAUAUCGUGGACCAGGCGGUCUGGGACGUCUAUGCUCAUGACUUUGAACAGUCAGAUUUAUUCACUCGGCGGGUUAUUGGCGUAACGAAUCUCAUUACCCGGGCUAGAGGGUGGACUGGGCUUGCGAGUGACAUCGCGAACAAAGCCUCAUAUGGGUUCUGGAAGAUGCUGGGGUAUUAA